GAUUUGGCCAAAUUUGUCGUCUCGCUCUAGAUUUUCUGUGUUUUGUUUCUCCCCUUCUCCUUCUCUCUCCCUACGAGGAGAGUCGAAGUUGCAGUCUGAAGUAAUUUCGGUUUUUAAUUUUGAGCAUAUUGUUGGGGGAGAAGGGAAAGUGAAGAAGUCGUGAUGUGUAAUCUUCUCCGGAGGCUACGUACAGAUGCAAAUGCGUUUACGGAAGCUACAGCUUGAUUUUUGUUGGGUUUUUUCGGCAGUGGAAUGCAAUAGGUUCGGCGCUUAUUUAUUUCUGACGGUUUGGCUUCCAGAACAGAAGAAGAAUUAGGAAUUUUAAUCUCCUCUAUUGAUUUAAUCAGUAUAAGAUCUGAAGAACAGCGGUUCUGCAUUUUUUAUUGGUUUUGAUUUGAUCGAAGGUUAUCGAAAUUAUUGCAGCCAAUUCUUUCAUAAAUUUGUGGUAGGGAGUGGUCAAUUUUCAGUGUCCUUGUAGAGUUGCAUUGGGAAGCUAAACAAGAUAAAAAGAGGGGGGGUGUCAAUUAGGGCAAAUGGAUUGAGGAAUUUCUUCAUUUUGGAUACAAUGUCGAAGAACUUGGCAUAUGUCUUGCUGUUUUUAUCAUUCUUUCUAUCGGUAGCUGCGGAAGACGAUGAUGUUUUCCGGUGUAAUUGCGAUGAGGUUGGGUUCUGGAGCAUUGAGGGCAUUCUGGAGUGCCAAAAAGUUAGCGAUUUCUUGAUUGCAGUAGCGUACUUCUCGAUCCCGAUCGAGCUGCUUUACUUCGUCACCUGUUCGAGCUUUCCGUUCAAGUGGGUGCUUUUUCAGUUCAUCGCGUUCAUCGUGCUGUGCGGGCUGACUCAUCUGCUCAACGGAUGGACUUACGGGCCUCACUCGUUUCAGCUAAUGCUAGCCCUCACGGUCGCGAAAUUCCUUACGGCGUUAGUCUCGUUUGCGACGGCUAUAACGCUCGUGACGCUCAUUCCGUUGCUGCUUAAGAUCAAGGUGCGGGAGUUUAUGCUUCAGAAAAAGACGUGGGAUCUUGAUCGGGAGGUUGGAAUUAUAAAGAAACAGAAAGAGGCUGGUUUGCACGUUCGUAUGCUGACACAAGAGAUCCGAAAAUCCCUCGAUCGCCACACAAUUCUGUACACUACUCUCGUCGAGCUUUCGAAGACGCUGGAUUUAAAGAAUUGUGCUGUUUGGAUGCCUAAUCAAGGCCGGACGGAAAUGCACCUUACUCAUGAGCUCGAUGAGAAGAAAUUCUCGAACAUUUAUCGCCCUCCGAUCCCGACAAGCGACCCGGAGGUGAGAAUGAUUAAGGGAAGCGAUCGAGUGAAAUUACUCGAUCCCGAGGGACCCCUCGCCUUCGAAAGCAGUGGAGGAGUUGGCGAGCCGGGAUCUGUAGCUGCGAUCAGGAUGCCGAUGCUUAGGGUAUCGAAUUUCAAAGGAGGGACGCCGGAAAUGGUUCCGGCCUGUUACGCGAUUCUUGUUUUGGUCCUUCCGGAAGGGCAAAGUCGGUUUUGGAGCAAACAAGAACUCGAUAUUGUAGAAGUCGUCGCUGAUCAAGUUGCCGUAGCACUUUCACAUGCUUCGGUGCUCGAAGAAUCUCAAUUAAUGAGAGAGAAGCUUGCGGAUCAAAACCGAGCGCUGGAACAAGCCAAACAGAAUGCGCUAAUGGCGAGUCAAGCACGGAAUGCGUUUCAGAUAGUGAUGAGCGACGGUUUGCGAAGGCCUAUGCACUCGAUUCUCGGUCUGCUUUCCGUUUUGCAGGAUGAAAAGUUGGGUAAGGAGCAGAAGCUUCUAGUCGACACCAUGAUUAUGACCGGCAAUGUUCUUUCGACCUCGAUAACCGAUGUAAUGGAUACUUCGACGAAGGAUAACGGAAAAUUUCCUUUGGAGAUGAGGUCUUUUACAUUACAUUCGACGAUUAAACAAGUCGCUUGCCUCUCAAAGUGCCUCAGUUCUUACAAGGGUUUUGGUUUCGUGAUUGAUGUCGAUAAAUUCUUGCCGAAUCAAGUUAUUGGCGACGAAAGAAGAGUGUUUCAGGUCAUAUUGCACAUGAUCGGUCAUAUCUUGAAUGCAAGCAAAGGAAGCGGGGUUCUUAACUUACGAGUCUAUUCAGCGAACGGUGGAAGUCAGGGAUCGAACGAGCAAAGAUGGAAUCGUUGGGGGCCGAAUUCUUCUGACGGAUAUGCAUGGAUCAAGCUCGUUGCUGGUAUUUUCCAUUCUCGAUCUCUUCCAGACAAUGCGCUUCCUGUAAUUCCGUCUGUCGAGCAAACAUACAUUGCUGGAAUUGAAGAAAACCUGAGCUUUGAUGCAUUCAAGAAACUAGUUCAGUUGAUGCAAGGGGAUGUUCGUGUGAUCCCGAAUCAAGAAGGGUGCGACCAAAGCAUGUCUCUUGUAUUACGGCUUCAAACCCGAGCAUCUUUUCCGGCGGGAGUAUCAGAUUACGGCGAAUCGUCCGAUCACGUGUCCAACUCUCUUCUAAGAGGCCUGAACAUUCUUUUAGCCGACGCCGACGACGUGAAUCGAGCUGUAACGCGGAAACUGCUUGAAAAACUGGGUUGCAUCGUUACUGCUGUUUCGUCCGGUUACGAAUGCCUUAGUGCUCUCGGUCCCGCCGUAUCUUCGUUCCAAUUCGUGCUUCUGGAUCUCCACUUGCCGGGUUUAGAUGGGUUCGAAGUUACGAUGCGAAUCCGCAAGUUCCGAAGCCGUAGCUGGCCGCUUAUUGUUGCCCUGAGCUCGAGCGACGAUGGAGACACGAGGGACAAAUGCGUGCAAAUCGGAAUGAACGGCGUAAUUCAAAAGCCGGGUUCGUCUCAGGAGAUCGCCUACGAACUUAAGCGUGCGCUGCUUCACGCAAACCGACUUCUCCCCUGAAUUGCGUAGCUCGCCUCGUUCCCGAUUAUAAAUACGGCAAAAAGGUCAAGUUCGAUCGCCCGUGUUGUUAUGACGUAGGGCGAAUCAAAACUUGGGACUUUGUUGAGCGAAAGCCGAUGAUGAUGUUAAUCGAGAAUGAUAGUGAAAAAUGGUAUAGAAAUUCCAGCUUCUCUCGGGUUUUGUUGAUCGAUCUUCGGAGCAAUUCUUGUUCUUACAUUACGCCGAUUGGGUUUUUGCGUUGUUCUUAGCUCUAACUGACCUAAGUCUCCCUCCGGGAGUCGGAUUACUUGGUUUGUGUUUGUCUGUGCAGGCGAGUUUGAUCGUUUUAGUACUAAAAUGGCGAAAGGUUUCAUUUUUCUUGCGCGCCGGGGAUUGAAGGUGAAGGUUAAAUUUAUUUGCAUUCGAUGCUCGUUGACUGAUAAAAGAUCUAUUCUGAAACAGGUCACAGCCGAGACCGAGACGAGCGAUGGUACCGUCCCCGGACCGGCCCGGAAUGUUUGAGGUAUGUAUCGUAAAUUUAGAGCUGUUAAUGAGCGAGCCGAACCAAAUUUUAAGUGUUCGUUAACGUUUGCGAGCAAGAUUUGUGUUUGUUCGUUAAGCUUUCGAGUUCGUUCGUAGUGUUCGAGCUCGGCUCGUUAAAAAUUUUGGUUGUUUGAGCUCGUAUUCGUGUCUGGCUCGGUUAAGCUCGUUCGAGCUCGUUUGUCUCACUUUUUUUUAAUUUAUAUAUAAAUUAAAAAGAAAAAUUUAAAAUUAUUUUAUUUGUAUAUUUUAAAUUAAUAUUUUAUUUUAUUUAUAAAUUAUAAUUUUAUACGUAUAAAUAAUAUUUAUAAUAAAUAUGUUAUUUAAACGAACAUUCGCAAACAAAGUUCGGGCUCGUUCGUUAACCAAACGAGUCUGUUUAUGUUGUUCAGCUCGGCUCGUUAAUGUUCGUGAACGAGCUUUAUUCGAACCGAACCGUUCCGAGUUCACGAACGGCUCGGUUCGUUUAACGGUUCUAAUUGUAACCAUAAUCUAAUCUUAUUUAUUGCGAACUUUAAAAAGGUUGUCCUUGUCCUCCUAUUGUCUGAACUGGUUCAAUGCUUCUUCUUCCAUUAUUGUUUCUCACACUAGAUGUUUGCCUAGUGUGCCCAUGUCGAUAACUAAUAAUAGUCUACACAACAUAUGUCAUUAUUGAUCUCAAUACAUCACAUAUUAGUAGACAUACAAUUUAGGUUAAUAUAACAUAAUAAAUUAUAUGAAUGGAUAUAUAUGACAAUAUUCCAAACAAUAUAUAUCACAAUUGAUCUUGUUACAUAUUAAGGGUGUGUUUGUCUAGAAAAUUGGAUUUUAAAUGCACUAUUCAUAUAAUUUUCUCCCUCCCCUAAAAUAUUAAAUCAAACACUUAUUUUUUAUUUUUUAUACUAUACUAAAAAUCAAUUUAAUAUUCAAAAUAUCACAUCAAUAUAUAUUUAUAUCACAGUAUACGACUAUUCAAAUUCAAAAGUUUACUGUUAAGAUCUCAGCUCAAAAUUCAAACUUUCAAACAAUAGAAUUAUAACACAAUAUAUAAUAUAUAAUUACAUUGUACUGAUUGAAGUUAGUCAGUAUGAUGUUGAUUUGUCGAUUUGUCCUGAUCAAGACUGUAAUUGGCCAAAAUAUAUAAUAUAUGAUGAGAGCAAAGCAUGUGGUUUUUGUGGAUCAAAAUUCUUGUUGAGGAAGCAUAAUGUGUGUAGGCACUAUAUAAUGAAUUUCUUCCUUAUUUGAACUUCAAACUUGGGGCC